AUGGCUGAAGGCAAGGGCAACAACGUCGCCGCGACCCCAUUGAACCCAGAUGCGCAAAAUACGCCGUCUGUUCUCCAGGGCCUUCUGGCUCUGGGAACUCCCCUGUCGCGCUUCGCACUCUUCCCAGGGGAGCAGAUCAAGCUACUGUGCUCGAAUAUCCGCCAGAUGAUGGGCCGGAAAUUCGACCCCGAGAAGGACAUCGUCGACCAGAGUGGCAAGGUCCUUCUGAUCACUGGAGGAAACGCUGGUCUGGGCAAAGAGGCCGUUUUACAGCUAGCAAAGCACCAUCCCGACCGCAUCUACCUCGCGGCGCGCAACCCAGACAAGGCACGCGCCGCCAUUGAGGAGAUCCAGAAGACCCUUCCACAACCGGCAGAUAUUCGAUAUCUGCCUCUUGAUCUCUCCUCGUUCCCCUCUGUACGCCGCGCCGCGCAGCAGUUCGUAUCCGAUAGCGACCGUCUCGAUACUCUCAUCCUCAAUGCCGGCAUAAUUGCUCCCCAACCCAGCACGGCGGAGUCCGGCCACGAACUCAACCUCUGCACAAACCAUCUCGGCCAUUUCCUGCUCACGAAACUCCUCCUGCCCACGCUGGUAAAAACCGCCGAACGCGAGAAUGCAGACGUGCGAGUUAUCACAAUCGGGUCAAUGGCGUGGCAAAUGGCACCUCCGCUGUCAUCGAUACUCUCUACGAACACCCUUCUAUCCGAAAACCAAUACGUCCGCUACGGCGCAUCCAAAGCCGCUAAUAUGGUCUUCGCCGCUGAGCUUGCGCGCCGCUAUCCCCAGCUCGUAUCCGUCUCGCUACAUCCGGGCGUGAUAUUCACGGGACUGUAUGAUGCCACAAGCGCUCUGAACCCGGUGAUAGGGAUGAGCGCGAAGGUGCUGAAGCUUGUCACAACUAGCGAGCAGCAAGGUACCUUGAACCAUCUGUGGGCUGCGGGGUCGAAAAUUGGUACUUUGAAGAGCGGCGAGUACUAUACGCCCGUUGGUGUCGGCGGGUGGAAGAACAAGUGGGUAGAGGAUAAAGAGGCGGGAAAGAAGUUGUGGGAGUGGUCUGAAGAGGCGGUGUCUGAAUACCAAAAGGACUAA